AUGACACUGGCGGAAAACGAUGGUUGUCCCAAUUGUACGAAGAGAAAAGGGGAAGCUUCUGACAAGCAUCCUGGGCUUUCAGAACAAGCACCCCUGCUACUACAUCACAGUGACAGUGAUGUCGCUCUCAGUCAAAUACGUGGUACAGACGAAGACGCUGUCAACAGCUCGGACGCUCGACGAAGGAUUUUGGCAGGUCUUUUUUUCUGUAUGAUAAUAUCUCUACUGCUUGAUCUGUUGGUGUACUUCUAUGCUGCUAGCACGAGGUUGUCGGACGUGCAUGUCUUACAGAAUGCACUGGUGUUACAAGGGCCGUAUCGGGUGAGUAUACUCAAUAUCACCCAGGACGGCGGGGCAUGGAUACAAUUACAAGCAAGAGUUGGAAUCGAUGCGGGACCAAUUAUGUCGGAUGAUGACGAGGGAAUAUUUUACGACAUGUGGAAGCCAUUCGGUCGCUGGGGCGUCAAGCUUCUGGAUAGAGUCACAGUGGAUGUCGAGUCUACCGCUCAAAUCUUCUCUCAGCGACAGGCACUCUUAGCCGCAGUCGAUCCCCUGUCAUUUGAACUUCCCCUUACCGUCAAUCCCCCGCAUGACGAUUCAUGGUUAUCCCCCAUGUCGUUGACUCUUUUUGUCGUCCCCACCCGGAACGCGUCCGAUAUAAACCAGUUCGUACAUGAAUCCUGGCAUUCCGGUGCCGUGUAUAUACACGCCUCUAUUCCUAGCGUGGUCGUCUCAGGGGGUUCAGCGAACAAAGGUGGUUGGAGGAAAAUACUAAGGCGUCAGAGAUUAGGCAUACAAACCAAUUUGUCCACGAAGCUUCCGCUGAUCCCUGGCUUGCCCACCCCGGGCGAGGGCGUAUCGCUACCACCCGUUUCGCAACUGAUCACGAUUCAGUCUUUCGGCGUAAAGUCUGAAGCUAAUGAUGUCACUGUACAUGCCCCGGCGACCGUCAUCGAUCCCGUGCCAUCUAUAAUUGACCUAACUGCACCCUCUCUUCCGUUCAUAAUCUUCCUCCCGGGCGAAAACCAUUCAUCAGUACCUGUUGCAUUGGUUCACUCCGACCCGUUCAAGUUGACCCACCCCAACAUUACGCUUGCUAUCUCUGGAAGCCUUCUUCCCCUCACACCCCACGCUUCUGCAUCUAUUUCCACUUUCAUCAAUAGAUACCUCUCUCUCGAACCUAACCCCAUAUCCGUUGCAUGUCCACUAUUUCCAUCUUUCGCGGUGGACAUGGAAUUUCCGGUCCCUACUUCCAAACCACAAAUACUGCGCAAUGUAACAAUUCGUGACAUGAAGAUCAAAAAAAUUGACUCCGAUCUCUUUGACCGCCCAUUUGGCCUCGGUAUCCUUGACUGCUUACUUGGCCUCAAUUUCCUUGCUAGUGGUACGAUGUUCGCUCGCAUGGUACUUCCUGAAGGAAUAGACCUUGCACUAGAUGUCACCCGCGUAUUUCCUGAUGUUCUGGUCUUCCGCCGGGAAGUCCAACAGAAACAUUUACCAAAUCAACUUCCGAAAGGUGCCUUUGGUCGUAUACGACCUGAAAAUGGGUUGAAAGCGACAAGCGUUCGAAUCGAUGCCGAAGAAGGAGAAGGCUCCGUAUUCGCAGUCACCGCAGCUAUGGUCGAUGUACCGUUGAUGGUGUUCUUUGGUCAGGGGAUGGAAUUCAGAGAUUACCUCACGGUUUGUGUAAUACUAUUCUUGCAGGGAACUACUGAUGUCGGAGUGCACAUCUUUGGAUUACCGUUUCGUAAUCAUGAGGACGCCAUUACAGGAAUGGACCUUUUGGGUCUGCCCUUCCAGGGAAGCGUACACAUUGCACCACAAGAUAUACUUGUAAAACGGCGUGCUUGA